AUGGCAAACGACGCCCUCAUCACCAACGCUCGCGUCGGCCCCCAGGCCGACCUAGCAAUCUCGGCCCGCGCCUCGGACUGGUAUUUCGCCGUCUGCGCCAUUAUGGCCAUUGCGACGGUCGCCUUCAUGGGAAUGUCCUUCGCCAAACGCGAGACCCAUCGCCUGUUCCACUACAUCACGGCCGCCAUCACCUUCGUCGCCUGCAUAUCCUACUUCUCCAUGGGAGCCGGCCUCGGCCAGACCCCCGUCCAGGUCGAGUUCCCCCGACCGGACAACGACCAAGUGGCCCCCGCGGGAACUCGGGAGAUCUUCUACGUUCGUUACAUCGAUUGGGCCAUCACCACCCCGCUGCUGCUUCUCGACCUGCUGUUGACGGCCGGUCUGCCGUGGCCCAGCAUUCUGAUGGCCCUGCUUGCAGAUGAAAUCAUGAUCGUCACUGGUCUCGUUGGCGCUCUCACUCCGUCCAGCUACAAGUGGGGAUACUGGGUCUUCGGCAUGUUUGCCUUCUUCUACGUCGUCUACUCGCUCGUUUUCGAGGGCCGCAAGCAUGCCCAGGCCCUCGGUGGUUCUAUCAACAGCACUUACACCAACUGUGGUGUUAUGACAAUCGUUCUUUGGUUCCUGUACCCCAUUGCUUGGGGUGUGGCCGAGGGUGGCAACUUGAUCCACCCCGACUCCGAGGCCGUCAUGUACGGUAUUCUUGACGUUCUCGCGAAGCCUGGUUUCGGAUUCCUGUUGCUCUGGGGACACCGCAACAUCGACCCCGCCGCGUUGGGUCUUCACAUUCGCGCGCCAGGCGCCACGAAGAUCCACCCCGGCCAGCACGGAGGUGACCACGGACACCUCGGAGCCAGCGGCGGCGCCGGGCCUUCGAACGGUGUCUGA